AUGAAGAAUGACGUCCAAACGGCCGUCAUCGACUUCACUCAGGCGACUCCGACAACAGCACGUGCACGCGAGUCCCCUGGCGACGAGAACAGCUGUCGCCGGUGGUUUUCAUUGAGGCAAGACGAGGUUGAUCGGCGAAUUAUAAGUGUUCGUUCGCCUCUGUUGCAACACACCGUCUCUGUCAGCGUUGCCGCUGACCGACCCCAAACGGCGGUCCACUUUGCCCCGAUUCCACUGAUUUCCAGACAUCGAUGCUCAGGCUGUGUUCUGGUCUUGCUUCUGCUAGUCGGUCAGCGCGGUCCGCCAGGUGUAUCGGUGAAAAUCAGCACUCCGACGGACCAAAGACGUAAGUGA